GACCGCCAAAAAUCAAAUCUGCAAAAGCUUAAUUUUUGGAUAACACAACGUUGAUUUAAAUUUCAAUACAUAGAAUGUUUAGAAAUAAGUUUGGCAGGCAAUACAGCAAAAAGUGUGAAUUCAAAAUUUUCAUUUUACAAAGUUUGCGCAAUUAAUUAAUUUCAAAAUUCAAGACACAUUACAUGAAACCAAAUAAUGAGAGCGGCAGUAUCUUUGCUGCGUAACCGCUUCGGAUCUGCGCGAAUGCAUGCGAAAGCUUUACCGUGGGAUCAGUUGAAAAUCAAUGCUUCCGAAUCAAUUAUCUCAUCCGGGCUGGACGAAUUUGAUAUUCCAAAAGGUCGCUUUAUACAGUACAUGCGGUCGGGCAAUGCCACCAAACGUCUUGGUAUGGUCUCGGAAAACGGUUCCAAAAUGAUUGAACUGUCGAGUAGAACCUGUGCCUCUCCUGAUAUGGUCCAGUUUAUACAGCAAAGGUACUGCAUGAGUAGUCUGCUCGACAGCAUUCAAUUUAUGGAUGUGGACAAUGUGAGUCCGGAUCUAAUACUACUACCUCCAAUACAUUCGCCGGGCAAGAUUAUUGGUGUCAGUUGCAAUUACUAUGACAGCUGUUCGGAGCGACGCGAAUGUGUACCCAAGGAGCCCGUUUUUUUUGUCAAAUUUAAUACUGCCAUCACAGGUGCUAUGGAUAAUAUACGUGCCCAUCAAAUAGCCAAGCGCAUUGAUUACGGCUGCGAGUUGGCCGUGGUAAUUGGCAAGAAAUGUCGCCACGUCUCUCGGGAAGCGGCAAUGAGCUGUGUGUUUGGUUAUAUGAUUGCUCAGGAUAUUACCGCACGCGACUGGAAUGUCCUGCUCGGCGGGCAGACUUUAUUGGGAAAGUCUCUGGAUACGUUCUGUCCUUUAGGACCGGUCCUUGUACACAAAUGCCAUGUGCCAGAUGUGGAUAACUUGUGGAUUACGACGAUCGUUAAUGGUGAAGAGCGCCAAAGCGGCAACACAGAAAAUAUGAUCUUCAAAAUAGACUACUUAAUAAAUCGACUCUCUCAAUUCAUGACUCUUUGCCCGGGAGAUAUAAUUUUAACUGGAACUCCAGCUGGCACUGGCGCCUAUCGCCAUCCAUCAAGUUAUCUUAAGCCCGGCGAUCUUGUCGAAAGUGAAAUACAAAAAUUAGGCAAGUUGAGAAAUAAAGUCGUAAAUCCUUAUGCGUAAAAGUA